AUGCAGGUGGCGAGAGCGUCAGUUACCCUCCGAAAGCCAGACGAUUGGUCGAAAUGGUUGCUCACGAGGAAGAUAUCCGCAGACCGAAAUAGUCUGUGGGAGUACGUUAACCUAGAUCUUUCGCCAGAGAGGCUGAAGAUGCUGGAAGACGAAAGACCCAAAGAGCUCGAAGUGAGGAGAUUUCGAAAUCCUCUUACAGACGAGCAGAUCGACAUCCCAGACUUAACAGCGACAGAGCUCGCUACGUACAACUCAUGGGCUAGACGAUUCGAUCGCGACGAGGCCAGGUGGCUCACGAAGGAGAAGGCUCUCCGAACCCUAAGCCUAGAGAUCGUGCAGACAAUUGACGUCAAACACCUAGACCUAAUCCUCGAUUGCGCAGACGCCUAUAGCCAGCUGAGAACACUAAAGAAGCACCUCUGUCCAUCGAUUGGACAGAGGAACCACCAACUCAGAGCUCGGUACACAGCAGUCUGCACGAGACCAAAGACGGCAAACUUAGACACAUGGUUCGACGAGUGGGUGACGAUCACCCGACUCCUCACGGAGGCUAAGAUUCCAGAGACGACUGGCAACAGAGCGCAGGAAGAGUUUAUCCUGUCAAUUAGAGGCCUAGACGAUAGCUGGGCAGCUACUCAGCUGCAAGACCUUAUUAAGAAGGAACAGAAGGAUGAAGAAUUUCCGCUGAUCGCGGAUUUGAUCGCGGAGUUCAGAUCGUACUACCGACGUACACGUCCAAUCGCGUCAGGACUUGGAACCUUUGCUACGCUCGAGGUGACAAGCAGUAGCAACAGCCGAGGAACUCGUACACGCUCAGGACCAUGGAUACCGAAGUGUCUUGAUGGAGAAAACCACAAAUUCGACAACUGCCCGUACGUUAACCAGUCAGUUCGGACAAAGGGCUGGAAGCCAGACAAGGCAAUUCAGGAUAAGUUCACAGAGCUUAGAGACAGUCCUACGUCGAAUUCGAUAGCCAAUGCACUAAGAGCAGCAGAGCGGGGGCUUAAGAAGAAGACGAAGCCGCAGGCUGAGGUCCAGAGCUCGUCCAUGAUCAGUAUGGACGAUGGACAGCCAGCGCGCGAUAAGCCACACGUUAAUGCGGUGCUGCAGACUGCAGCAGCUACAGGACUAUUAGCUCCACCGCUGCUCACGAGAUGGAUACUUGAUCCAGGGGAGCCUUCAGACUGUGUAUACGCUGGAGGAGCCCUCACUCAAGUCGAAGAAUGGGGAGAAACGACUAUCCAGGUCAAGACUCCGAUAGGAGAAGGACGGAUGAAGCUUACAUGGGUGGCGUACAUCCCUGGCUUCUUCACGAGCGUCGUUGGCCUAUCGCGGAGCCGAUCUCUCGGCAUCAACUUUGACUCAGGCAGAGACUGUCUAUAUCAAAAGAAUGCAUCGAACGUGAUCUGUCUACUCCAGUAUAGAGAUGGCCACUGGCUCGUUGAUGUGGAGAAAGCAGACUCCGCAACAAUCAAAUCAAUCAAUCUUAAGGUUGUCGAUUGGUUUGAUUAG